CUUUAAGAUAAUAGUAUGGACCCAGAAGAAUUCCCAGAAGGAGAAUACAUUGAUAUGGAAGGAGAGUAUAUGGCCAUGGAAGGAGAAUAUGCUAUGGAAGGAGAGUAUGCAAUGGAAGGAGAGUACCUCAUGGAGGGAGAGUAUGAUAUGGAGGGAGAAGGAUUCAUGGCACAUCAUUUACAGUUAGGCGAUAGUCCUGAAGGAGAGGGGCAUCUUGGACUCUCCCCUGGCCAAGAUGGCAUCAGUGAUGAUGGCAUGAUGGCUCAUCAUAUGGACGGAGAUGGUCUCACUGAGGAUAUGCAUGAUGAUGAGUCCAAUGAAGAACUUAACUUUGCGAACCACCCUGAGUUCGGCCAUUUGCCUCCGCUUGACCCUCGAAGAAAGACCAGAAGAGACGUCCUCAGAUCCAUCAACGAACUCAGAGACAAAUAUAAAAAGAAAACUUUGCACUACGAUCUUGUCGGAAACAAAGUUGGAAAUGCUUACGCAGAGUUCUUGCUCAGCAACAGGCCAGACAACGAGCAGCUCAAAGCCAUUAUGGAGAAAGAAAUGUUUGUUGGCGACCAGGUCGAGUGUCUUGUCGGAGAAGCUUACCUUGACUUGGAUGCAAGUGACGGCGACAAAGAAAUCCCUGGGUGUUUCAUGGACGCUCAUGGAUUGCUGUUUGAGCUUCAAGAAGAACGAGACAUCAUCCUGGCGCCCAAGUACACUCACUGCGCCAUCGGGUGUGCUUUCAACAAAGAGCAAGUCAAGAUCGUGGAGCUGUAUUUCCGCAAGAGCGUCCACAUCUGCAAAGUAGAAGGCACCGAAGACGACGGAGCCAGGAUUGAAGGACAGAUGAUUGAGAAUGAGAAGAAGGAGUUUGAUGUUGGAAUUUACGCAGUCAGAGUUGUAGCUUUGAAAAAUCUUAAGAAGGACUUUGUCAUUGCAGGACCUCCUCAAAUCGAAUUCAAUGAAGAGACUAAAAACUUCACUAUUGUUUUUGAAGGUCCUCUUGACUUAUUCUAUUCUAAUGAUCCAAAAAUGCUUGAGUUCUAUGUCAGAAAAAUAAAUCCUCCCAUUGAGUAUGGUAAACCUUCAGAUGAAAGAAUAAAUGUGAACUAUCUCCAGAUUGCUGGCAGAAUGCCAAUGGUGCUUGACCCAGAUCCAAGAAUAGUCAUUGAAGAUGAUCAAGAUCGUAUCAAAGAAGAACAAGAGAAAGAAGAAAGAGAGAAAAAGGAGCUUGAAGAUAAGAUUAUCAAAGAUGCCCAAAAGAACCAAAAUGCUGAAGGAGGCUUUGGAUUUCCAGUUGCUGGUGGUCGACUAAGGAGAGAUGAUGAAGCUUCUAAGGGGGAUGCAACUGAAGAUGAUAAAUCAAAAAGAGAUGCAACUUCAAGAGGCGAUGCUUCCUCAAGACCUGGUAAUAAAAGUGUCGCAGAUGAUGAUGAUAAAGAUCAUCCAAGUACUCCAGCGAAAAGCGGAGAUUCUGACUCUCUUGAAGAAGAAGGAUCAGAUUCUGAGUCUGAGGAGGAUGAGACUGAAUCUCAAUCUACUGAUAAGAAAGAGGAUUCAAUGGAAGAACCAGAAGGACUACCUUCAGCAGAAGAAAUGAAGAAAGAAUUGGUAGCUGCUAUUCAAGAAGCUCUUGAAGAAAGAGAGAAACUCAAGACUAAAAAUAAUGAACUUCAAAGAGAGAUCAUCACAAUGGAUUCCACAUAUGAGCAAUAUGACAAGCAGCCAGAUGUUUCUAUGAAUGAGCAUAAAUACCUCAACACUUUGGCUAAUGUGCAUCAAGUCAGAUUUAAUCUGAAGGAGACUCAGGAUCGUUAUAAUAAAAUGGCAACUGAGCUACAAGCCAAGCUGAACGAAAAGCAGGCUAAAUGUGAUGAAAUCCAGAAACAAUUCAAAGAUUUAAAGCGUUCAGUUGCUGAAAACUCUGUUGUUCCUCGUACUGGCAAGAAGAUCAAGCCUGAAAUCUUAAAUGAAUGGGAAACACGUGAGGAGAAAAAGGACAGCCAGGUCCAUCACUUUAGGUUCCAAAACAUUGCAUUGCGUAAUCGUCUUGCCAACAAGGAAAAAGUGCUUAAAAAGAAGGAGCAGCUGGCAGAUGGUCUCCAUCUAAUAGAUUUCGAACAACUAAAGAUCGAAAAUCAGACUUUGAACGAGAAAAUUGAAGAAAGAAAUGAAGAACUUCAAAAAUUAGAGAAGAAGAUCACAAUUGCUGUAAUCACCCUCUCCCAUACAGAAGAGAAGCUAAAGAAAAACACUAAGCUAGACGCUGAGCACCAGAAGAUCAAGGACGAACUGAAUAAAGCCAAGGAGAGACUAAAUAAGGUUAAGGAGGAAAGAGAACAAUUUAGAAAGCAGAGCCAGAGGCUUAGGCAACAGACUGGAAUUGAGAAUGAUGAUUCCUUGAAGGCAGAUUAUAAUAAUAGAACAUUUGAGAUUAAGGAGCUGGAAGGAGAGAUACAGUUACUCAAGGAGCACCAUCAAAAGCUGAUAACGAGUCUUAAAGGAAUACAUAUUGAAUAAAUAAUGGCUUCU